GCCAUAUUAAAAGUUGGCAGUCAUCUUGUUUCGCCCUUGAAGGUUUUUAGAAAAAUUUAUCAGGUUGCAAGUUGUAGGGUUGGUCGCGCUGUAACGCUCCGUUAAUAAUGUGAUAAAAUGGUGACAAUUAUUAAUACAGAGUAACGAUCGCCGGCGAACUUCUGGUGAGAAUAUUUUCUCGUUAUUUUUUGAAUGAAUCAGAUGUCAGAACCUCGAGAACAUACCAAUCUCGAUUUUUUUAACCUGAACUUAGGCUCAUGGUAUAAUGGUUCUGGUAUGGAACUAGUCGAUAAUGAUAUUUGGCCUCCCAAUUCGGACUCUUACCUUGCUCACACCAAACUGGGCAACAUGGCUCUUCCUGCCCCAAAACAACCCGAAAAACUAACUGUCGACUCUAAACCGGACCCUGCAAUUACUUGGUCUAAUAAUCCUUUGAGGCUCUCUAACAACAUGUCCAUUUGGUCGAGUGAUAUGCAAGUAUCAGAAGUAAAGUCAUCAGGUAAUCACAACCAACUUUGGGGAAGUUCAACUAAACAGAGUGUUUCACUUGUCUAUGAUGAUGUCUGGGACUCAUCUCACGAUCCUGUGUUUCAAGUGCCAAGGGUUACUAGUGAUACUGAUCCUUGGAAGCUUAGUCCAACACAUUGUAUUGGUUCCCUCACAAAUGCGCCCAUUACUAUUGCGGAUCCGGGUGUCUUGGCUGGUACAUCCAGGUCUUCCAAUAUACCUCAUGAUAGUCCCGCUAAUAGCCUUCCUUAUGUUACUGCGAUGCUUUCUGGUCUGAAUCUUACUCCUAGGAAUCCCGAUGAACCAACGUCCGAUGUCAAAUCGUCCAUUGUCUGUGCUAACAUGAAUGAUGUUGCGUUCUCAGCAGAACAACUCUGUGACAGACUAAUCAAUACAAACGAGGGUUGGGGGCGACGACCAAUUGAUCAAGCAACACCUUGGGAGCCAUUAGAUCCAAAGUUGGGUGAUCAAGUGAAUCGCAGUGGCAUAACUACACCUACCCCAGGAGCUUGUCCUUCUGGGUUUGUAAGUGGAAGUCUUAGGAUAUCUCAUACCCACUCAGCUGACUCUAACGUUUGGGCAAGUGGACCGCCAACAGGAACAGGAAUAUGGGAAAUGCACUAUGAAAGUUUAAGUGGACGCUCGGCUGCAUGGCAGGAAGAAUCACAAUCCUCGACUUACCGUGAUGCUUCGUCUGUUACCCAUAUUAGUCCUAGUACUUUAAUAAACUGUAACAUGAACGCCAAUUCUCGAGGUGCAACACCAAUGCCACUUAACAACCGUCGAGACUGGGAAGAUAAUGAAAAUAGAUUAUCCAAAAACUGGAGUCUCGGCCACUCUGAAUCCUCAGACCACAGCAGCUUAUUAUGGAACUCGGUGUGUGUGAUUGAUAGUGAAGAUAGUGUUAGUGGGGAUAUCAUCCAUAGACGUCCACUAGUAACAGUUGGUUCCAGUCAGGAAACUUUUCGGAAUAGUGGAAAUGUUCAACAAUCCAAUGGUCGUCCUGUACUUGGUAGUACUCGCCCUAUUGUCCCGACACACAAUCCACCAGACGAGUUCUCGUGGGAUCCUGAUCCGAAUUUUUUGAGGUCCGGUGUCAAUCCGAACGGAAUUGUUUCAUGGGACACGUCACCCAAUAGCGUGGUCAGCACCACUUGGGGGACUCUUGGUACUUCCAGCUUAAUAAGUUCUACACAAACUCACUUCCCACCUGUUUCAGAUGAUGUUAGGCACCAACAGAACUUCAUGAGUACUAACUCACUUCCUCAGGGAUCUGAACGAUUACUAAUUCACCCAUACAGUAAUACCUAUCGCGCAGAUCUGGUCAAAUACUUAAUGAGCCAAGGAUUUAAAAGAGAAGAUGCACAUGCUGCGUUAAUUGCCUCCAAUAUGGAACCAGAUAAAGCUAUAGUCGAAUUACGGGAGCGUUACAGCACCAAUAAGGCUAUUAAUGCCAUGACACAGCCCCCAGAGCUUAAUCGUAAUUAUGGAGCUGAUAGCAUUCUGCACGUUGUAACAAGAAACGGACCCAUGUACCAGCUGUCGAAUCAUACGUCUUUAUCACAGUUCGCACCUUCUGGAAAUAACUCUUCGGUGUCUGCACAAAAUCAUCGUCUGAAGCAGUCAGGGUUGUGCGUGUCUACGCAAAGUAAUACAACUCAACUUUUAUCUAUGCAACCAAUCCCUAACUCUCAAUUCAUGCGACAGCAGAUUACACAACAGGUUCGAUCGGCCUUAAACCUUUCCAUUCCAAGUCCGUUAGGUGUACAGACGAAUGGGAGUGCCACAAUGGGAACCUGUGGUGGUUCGCUUUUGGGAAAGCCUCCAUCUCUUUCCUUAUCAAACGUUAAUUCCAACAUUCAAACUGCAUCGUCUACUAAUCCACAUUCAAGCACUAGCCUACUAACUACUACUAGUUUAUGUCCUAUCAAAAAUAAUCGUACAUCGACUGGACCAGCGUCUUUAAACCAAAACUCAGCGAAAAGGUCACCUCGUCAAAUUUCGAUCAUAAACUCCAUGAUUGAAUUGCAGAAAAAACAUCAGAGUAUUCAACACCAAUUAAAUAUGUAUAAUAAUAACCCUGCCCUUCGUUCACAACCUCAGUACGCGGACGUAUUUGUUGAACUCCAAGGUCAAAUGCAACAAAUUGAAACUCAGUUACACGGAAAGCGAGCACAGCUUAACAUAACUCGUGCUCAAGAUUCUGUAACACAAUCUGUAAAGAACCCUUUAAUACCAACAAAUGGUUAGUUGUUUAUGGAAGGUAUUUUUCUCAACUUCAGCUGUUAUGCUUCAUAGAGUUAAAAUGAUUGGUUUUGAAUCUUGUACACAAAAUGCACAACAAAUGCAAGAAACUGACAAAAUACCAAAACUGGAACUAUGAUAUGUUUAUAUCGCAGUUUCUUCUGGUAGUCCAAAGUAUAUUAGUCAUUCCAUCCUUAUUUUUUUUACUUGAAGUAAUCACCUUUCCCUCCAAAUCAUUAUUAUAGCGAUAAACAAGGUUUUUUAUUCGGAAAAGAGUUUCCAAACAUGCUACCUGAACUAAGUUCCCAGUAAACAAGUUUUUGUCACCUGAUCAGUCAUUCACAUUCUACGUACAACCUGGCACUUGUGCAUCGGUUCAAGUUGCCACACCAUAUCAUAGUGAGAUAAUUCCAGUAGUAGAACCAGUGGCUGCAUUAGUGGUAAAUGAAAAGAUUGCUCACAGAAGACAUGAUCCGAGAAAAUUAAAUUGGUGGGGUAAAAAAUUGUUUUUACGGUAAUUAAGAUCUAAGGGAAGACAAAGUGUAAAUGUACCUGCACCGUUGCAAACUAUUCUGAGCCAUGUUGCUCAAAGUCUUCGACCAUUGGUUGCGAUAAUCAUGUGGACUACAACCAGGUAGUUUGUACCUUCCUACACGACUUAGUCCAACUGUCAGUUACUUUAUGGACUGAUCCCACGUUCCAGGUUUUCAAUGGUGGUCUAACAUCAAUCGGUUCAUGAUCGCGAUAAAAAAACAAUACUAAUAAUCGAUGAAUAUGUUCUACUUUUACAGGCCACGUUCCAUAAUUACAAAGUAAAACAGAAAUGAUGAGCAUAUUCCCCCAUUAGUUGACAGGCGGAUAUCUAGUCUACACCAUAAGUGACGCAAGUUAGCCUAAUUUUAAGUUGUCUUCACUGCUCAUCGUGUUCAGAGCCCGAAGAGAUGAGUAUCUAAGCAUCUAACAAUUCUGUGAACGCCACCAAAAUCCAGUCUAUAUUAACCUUUUGUUUAAAUAAUUGGUGCCGAUAUUUCUGAUAACUCGUUUCCUGCUGUUGGAACAUGGAUAUCUCCUUCACCACAAUGUGGCGAAAACUUUGAUAAAAACGUCAUGGAUGGAUCAGGUAUGUGAAAUAAAAUACUCUGUUUUCAUCCUCAGUAACGUAAAAAUCCGCGAAACAUAGAAUUGGUCUCGUUGAUUUCUAAGCCGUUGAAAUUAUAUCAAUUUCGUUUCACUACUGUGCUCAUACCGGCAAGGUGACUAAAUGCUCUGGAUAGCUUUUAAAUUGUUUCCGUCGUUUACUACAGUAUACAUGUAUCUUAUUCGUUAGUUCAACUUUUUAUUUGAAUUUCAGCUUUUUCUAAUGUAAUCCAAAAGUGAGACAAUUGUGUAGUCAAUAUAUUACAAGUCGACGAGCUUGUCAGUCAAUUGUUAAGAUGAAACGUUCACUCGAAUAUGUUUUGACAUGAUAUCCCGAGAUCGACAUGAAUAACGAUGUUUCCUAGCACUUAUUUAAACAAAAGGUUAAUAUAGACUGGAUUUUGGUGGCGUUCACAGAAUUGUUAGAUGCUUAGAUACUCAUCUCUUCGGGCUCUGAACACGAUGAGCAGUGAAGACAACUUAAAAUUAGGCUAACUUGCGUCACUUAUGGUGUAGACUAGAUAUCCGCCUGUCAACUAAUGGGGGAAUAUGCUCAUCAUUUCUGUUUUACUUUGUAAUUAUGGAACGUGGCCUGUAAAAGUAGAACAUAUUCAUCGAUUAUUAGUAUUGUUUUUUUAUCGCGAUCAUGAACCGAUUGAUGUUAGACCACCAUUGAAAACCUGGAACGUGGGAUCAGUCCAUAAAGUAACUGACAGUUGGACUAAGUCGUGUAGGAAGGUACAAACUACCUGGUUGUAGUCCACAUGAUUAUCGCAACCAAUGGUCGAAGACUUUGAGCAACAUGGCUCAGAAUAGUUUGCAACGGUGCAGGUACAUUUACACUUUGUCUUCCCUUAGAUCUUAAUUACCGUAAAAACAAUUUUUUACCCCACCAAUUUAAUUUUCUCGGAUCAUGUCUUCUGUGAGCAAUCUUUUCAUUUACCACUAAUGCAGCCACUGGUUCUACUACUGGAAUUAUCUCACUAUGAUAUGGUGUGGCAACUUGAACCGAUGCACAAGUGCCAGGUUAUACGUUGCAUAUAAAUUACGGAAUAUAGCUUUCAAUUACAAUUGGUUUAUAUUUCCAUCUAUUUUGCUGUUGGUGAGUAUUUUCGAAACAGGUCAUUUAGCGGAUUUCCUUAUUUCAAACUAAAGUGUGCUUAAUUGAUAUUUCUUUUUGCAAUACUCUCGCUAUUUUUUUAUAGCUUCUAAGUUGAACAACUUCACGCGCACUCCUUCUUGCAAAAUAUCUGGUAGUUGGUCUCCUACCUGGUCUUCAUCUGUUAUAAAUCCAUCCUGUCCAAAUAUUCGAUCCAUUCAUAAUCAAUGGCAACUAAUACAUAAUCAACAACGAUGUGCUUUAGAGAGUAACUUGAAGUUUCCGGUGUCAAAAAAUAAUCCUUCGAGUACCCUAUCUAUUGAAGCUCAAGGUCAAUGGCUACUAGUGCAACCACUCUUAGGAUGGAACGGUACAAACAUUCACAGCCUGCAAAACAUUUUAUCAAAUCAUUUUAAACUUACUAGUUUUCAUGUUUUGAAUCCAAGCAGCUGUAGUGUGCUUAUAAGGCUUCAAAAUAUAGAGGACUCACUGCAGUUAGUGAAGUUUUUUGGCGACCGUUUAUCUGUAGAACCGUUGUCUGAUCACGACGCUCGCGUUCAUUUGCAACAGCUAUCUUUGAACGCUUGUGGAGAUGGCCUAAUAUCCAAUCACUUUAAUACGUCAUCUGAUAUACAUGCCACACCACCUAGUUUGAAUAGCAAUGGACAGUUUUACUCCCCCAUGAAUUCAAAUAACAAAAAGCCUAAUCCUCAUAUAGCUCGUUUUGGAAUAACUGUAUGUGGAAGCAAGUAAAGAUUUAUAUUUGUGAGAAAGGUGGUUGUCUCAUGGAAUCUUUUUUAUUCUCUGAAUAUCUUAGGGAAGUCUUCCAAUCUCAACGCUUUCGCGUUCAGAUUCACGUCUCUGAAGCGCAGCCAAUCUGUCAGUAUAAAAGUUAAUGACUAACUUAAGUUAUGCUCAAGUUUUGCCAGUAUGUAUUACUCUUUGAAUACCCCUAUUUAGUUCAUCGUUUGCUGUGCCUAAGAACAUUCUGUGAUCCAAUAUUAUUACAAUCAUACGUUUUGAAUUUACAAAAUUAUAUGCGGAUCAAAACUAGUCAGAAUCGCCUUGUAAAUUAUAAACAUCCUCUUUAUCCAUAUUUUCCCCAUCUGAUAUAUAUAUAUAUACCUCAUUGCCUUUCAAUCAUCAUUAAUUCUGUGUUUGUGAAUGUAUCCUGACUGUUUGUCUGUUGAAUGUUGCAGUUUCGUUUUUAAACCGUUCAGUUUUAGUAGUCUUUCAUUUGUGUGCUUUUUGGACAGCCUCUAUGAUCUGUAAAUCGUUUCAUUAUUUAUCUUUUUGUAAAGAGACUUCUAGUAUCGCUAAUGAUUCAGUCUGUUUCUGGUUUAUAAGUCAAGUGUUUCCCUCGUCCAUUUUGAAUAGUAUCUAGUUUGUCCUAAAUAUUAUAUGGUUGAUAUACCUAUAAUUAAUUUGUACUCUUUUGAUUUCCCUCUAUAUGUAGUACAUUUUGUGUGUUUUCAGUGAGCUAAUCAAAGCUAAACUGAGGAUGUAUUUUUCCAUCUUAGUACAACAUAGACCAUGUCCAUUGAUAGCCCCUAACUGUGAUGUAUUUAAUUAUGCUCAUUGUUCUAAUUUCCUCACCAUUUCUCUCGUCUUUAAAAUGCAAAAAAUAUUUGGUCUUCAACUCUAAAUACACUGUCUUAACUAUAGACCGGUGCAAUAUGUUUCUUGUCCCUCAAAUUGUGCUCUGAACAUUACUUACCUACCUCUUAAUAGCAGUAAAUUCGUUUGAUAAGCUUAUAGUCCAUGCACCGUGUGUAUGAUCAGUAAUACUUUUUUUCUUUUGACGACAAUAAGUGUGCAUCCUAUAUUAUCAAAUUAUCGCUUAAUAAUUAUAAUAAAAGAACUAUAACCUACUCUGUCAUCAGAAAUGUUUAAUUUUUGCAGAUCCAGCCGAAAUUACACAAAUCCAUUAUCAUGAAUAACUUAUAUUAGUGUCUUUGAUAUAUAUAUAUAUAUAUAUAUAU